CGAUGCAGUUUUCUCGUGGUAAAACUUGCAACAUACCGUUCUAUCCAAUAUUCAUCACCACUCUAGAUACUUAAUCAAUCAUGAAGCUAGCUUUGGUGAAAUGGACGAGGGUUGAAGUCGAUGACCCUCCACCAUAUGAAACCGAGAAAAAUACAUUUAUAUUGUGGUGCAGGAGACGUUGCAGCUCAUGGGGUCGAGGGCACUCUGGUGGUGGCUGGAAGCCAAGAACUUUACGAUCGCCGGUCCUCGGGACAAUGAUUAUCGUGUCACUGUCACUGAUCGUCCUUCUUGAAGUACUUUCCCAUAUCAGUACGCGCAACAACAGCGAGGGUGGCAUUGCAUUUGCGGUGGACUCCAGUAGUUUCACAAUUGCCUCAUUGUUCGGAUAUUCUUAUCUCCCAACGAUCCUGGCUGUAUGCUAUAGCAUGUUAUGGACCUGGAUUGACCUUGAUGUCAAAAGAUUAGAGCCAUGGUUUCAACUUUCGCAAGAUGGUGGUGCAACUGCUUCCAAUUCUUUGUUGCUUCAAUAUCCAUUUGAUUUUCUCCCGUUCGUUCCUAUCACUGCCGUGCGCAGGAAACAUUGGGGGGUGUUUUUCGCCGGAUCUGUUAUGUUGAUGAUAUUUUGGGUUCUUACGCCUCUACAAUCAGCAAUAUUCAACACUGGAAGUGUAUCACGAAACACUAAGUUUAAUAUGACAGCCAGUCUCGAAUUGUUACCCCUCCCUCUGCAAGAUACUGGUCUUAACGCAAACUUCAUGAAUAUGGCUUACGGCAUAUCCUGGCUUGAUCAGAGACUCCCCCCCUACACAACCAGUGAUGUCGCCCUUCUCCCUUUCCAACCGACGUUCAGUGACUCCGAGAUUCAAGCUACGACAACAUGGUCUACUAUCUCUGACGUAUUCUACACGAAUUUGACCUGUUCGCCUGCCGAAGUACUCCUGCAGGAGCAGCUGAGCUACACAUUCAGCAACGGAAAGGGUUGUACGGUUCCAGAUAUUGUUUUGAGCGACACGCAAAUAUUCGGUUACAUGAUUAACUACAUUGGUUAUUUCGACAAUCCCCAAUCAGACUGGGCUUUGCAAAAUCCGACCUGUUCGCUGGAAUUCUCCAAUAACUUUCUAGCACUCUGGGCCUCGGCAUCUUCUCGUGUAGCGAAUGGCGUUUACAGCAACUUCACAGCCAUGUUCUGUGAGCCAAGCUAUACAUCGCAGGAAAUGUACGUUACGGUAAAUGCAACGACUGGAGAAGUUCAGAAAGUAGAACCCCUGACGACAGCGGGGUCCUCGGUCACAAAAUUAGGCGACAUUUUCAACAUCACUAACUUCGAGUACUUGUUAGCUACAGGUGUCCCUUCCACCGGUGGAAGCUCCAAUUUGGAUGAAAUUUCGAUACUGCAACAAAACUCCCGCAUCAAAGAUUACAACAUCACGUUGCCUGUUUCCAAUAUGGUGGGGUUCGCUGUUGGGCUAUCUCCUACAUCGGUCUCAACUCUUUCGGAUCCCGCAAACCUACGGAAUGCUUUUCAAGUUGCUCAUCGAGUCCUUUUCUCUGCUGCAUUCAGCACUUUGACGACAUGGAAGGUGGAUCAUGAUAUGCAGUACAUUCGAAGUGGCGUACAGACAGAUUAUCCUGCGGCUAUAAUUCUGGUUCGUCCAAUUUCAAUAGCUGUCGAAGCAGCUUUGGGACUCAUCAUCGUGCUCACAUCAUGUUUAUGGUGUUUUUCACACCGUCGACGCAGUUGCCUAACACGCGACCCAGCAACCAUUGCUGAUCUCAUGUCCUUGAUCUCUCCCUCGUCCGGCUUGUCAGCGGUGAUCCACGAUGAUGGUACCUUGACUUCUGCGAAACUUGCCCUUGCCCUAUCUCCACGAGAGUAUCAUCUUGGGAAAGGUCAUGAUGGCUCUCCCUGCAUCUUGACUGCUUUAGACGAAGGUAACACAGGUUUAUCCACGCUUAAACAAUCCCAUGUCUCGGGUGAAGACAAUGAAUCAUUCGUUGCACUUCAACCAGUGGAGUUGAGGCUUGUAUUUGGAGGUUCUUUCAUUACUAUUAUUGGUGUAGCUGUAGCUGCGGUCAGCUUCUUGAAGAAUCCGACUAACGCGCCGUUAGGAAUAUCGUUGCCAACCAACGACGCAGUUGUGCGCUCGAUCAUAGAGAAUUAUGCACCAACCACGUUUGCAACAUUCAUCGAACCUGUCUGGACAAUGCUUAACCAUCUUCUCUGUCUCCUGCAACCGUUUGAGGAACUGCGCAAAGGACGAGCAAGAGCUUCAAGGUCUCUAGAGGUCAAGUAUACUUCUAUACCACCACAACUAGCAUUUUGGCGUGCUCUACGAGCAGGACAUUACAUCCUGGCUGCUGUCUGUGUUGUUGCUGUUUCGAGCAAUGUUCUUGCCGUUGCCCUCUCCGGCCUAUUAGUUGAAAGUCCUGCAACUGCAGUGGUUCCCGUGGCUUCAUCCUACACCUUGUUGCCUCAUUUUAAUGGAUUCACCCUUGUCAAUCCAACAGACUUAUCCGGUCCAUAUGUAUAUUUUGAUCAUUUCUACGUCGCACUGGCCAACAUUACCGAAUCAGCUCCCCUGCCACCUUGGGUCGACCAGAAGUUCUUCUAUUUACCGUUCGAUCUAAAGUCCGUAAAUUCUGCUGGAAGCGUGAAUGCCGUCUUUCAGCAUUUUCGUGGAAACACAACUGGCUUCGGGACAACGGUGACAUGUACUGAGCCGCCAUCGUUACUUUUUGAGGUGGCUCGGAAUGGCUCGACUAUUCAAUUUUCAACUUCACAUGUACUUCCCAAUGGCACACAGGUAACCUGUAUCCACCCGCGAGGCUUUGGAAACGCUGUAAAUGAAACAACAGACGAGAUGAACACCUUCAUGGACGGCCCUUUGGCCUUUGAGGCGGUCCUGAAUACCAUGCAAUCACUAUCGGGUACUGGUGAUGAUGGUUUCUGCGAGGCUUCUAUGGUAGUAGGCUGGGCUCGUGUUGCGGCCGAGACAACAAAUGAUCGUCGAACGAAUACAACCUCUCUACCGGCCCGAAAAGUAGCACCUAUGUUUUUGAGCUGUACGCAGAAGCUUGUCGUCGCUCAAUUCGACAUACAGGUCGAUUCUACAGGUCGCAUUAUUUCUUCCAAUCAAAUCACUGACUUCGACAUCAACAUCAACUCAUAUUUCAACCCCAACGCUACUCUUGAAUCAGUCGAAACCGGUCCUUUCAACAGUAGCUUCUUUGGGCCCAUCAACAGUGAGAACCGGCUGUUUCAAGAGACUAGUUUCUUUAUUGCAAUGGAUAACUUCGACUUUCUUUGGCACAACGAUACCUUUACCUCGGACUGGAUGAACGUUCUACUGACUAAGAUUCAAAAUUCAACGGACUUGGUCAAUCCGAAUGUGCCACUUCCAGAUGCAACAGUCCUUGGUCCGAUGGUAGAAGCUUUAUAUCAGAAACUAUUCGCAAUCCUUCUAGGCCUAAAUCCUCGUAUCUUCAGUACAGCACCUGAUGGAAUUUCAGUCACAGUGCAAGCUAUCUUCAUCGAGCCUCGUAUAUUCCUGUCAGAAACCAUGUUCUUACUUACCGUUGUUCUCCUCUCAUUUCACCUCUUCGUUGCUAUUAUUUACUAUAUAUAUCGCCCAACAAGAUUUCUGCCUCGUAUGCCGACUUCGAUAGCCUCCAUCAUUGCAUUCGUCUCUAAUAGUCGAGCGAUGGUAGACUACAAUGGCAAUGGGCGAAUUCACGGCAAUCCUGACCAACGCUAUGGAUAUGGCCGGUUUGUGGGUACAGAUGGGAAGACCCACGUGGGUAUUGAGCAGCAACGAUUCGUUGUGCUGUUACAGAGCCGAAAUCCUGAUAUUAUAAGACGGAAACGAGAUUUAUUGAAGACGAAAGCCGAAAACCACCCGCGAAAUUGGAUAUAG